AUCAAACCCCCUAUUCUCACCAUCAUCAUAUUCACCAUUAUCUCAGGGACUAUCAUAGUACUAAUAAGCUCUCACUGAUUAACAAUUUGAAUCGGAUUUGAAAUAAACAUAUUAGCUAUCAUCCCCAUCUUAAUAAAAAAAUUUAGUCCACGAGCAGUAGAAGCAGCAACAAAAUACUUUCUCACCCAAGCCACCGCAUCUAUACUUCUCAUAUUGGGAAUUAUCAUAAACCUACUACUAACAGGACAAUGAACGGUUCUAAACACCCUAAACCCAAUUGUAUCUAACAUAAUAACAAUAGCACUAGCAAUAAAAUUAGGACUAUCACCCUUUCACUUCUGAGUACCUGAAGUAACCCAAGGAAUCCCAUUAUCAUCAGGAAUAAUUUUACUCACUUGACAAAAAAUCGCCCCUCUAUCCAUCCUAUACCAAAUAGCCCCCUCCAUAAACCCAUAUCUACUAAUAACCAUAGCAUUCAUAUCUAUUUUAACCGGAGGAUGAGGGGGCCUUAACCAAACACAAUUACGAAAAAUCAUAGCCUACUCAUCAAUCGCGCACAUAGGAUGAAUAAUCGCCGCAACAACAUAUAACCCAACCCUAAUACUAUUAAACCUCACAAUUUACAUUACAAUAACACUAGGGACAUUUAUGCUAUUCAUAUUCAACUCAUCUACAACUACACUAUCACUAUCCCUAACAUGAAACAAACUACCACUAAUCACCUCACUAAUCCUAAUCAUUAUACUAUCACUAGGAGGCUUGCCACCCCUCUCAGGCUUCAUACCUAAAUGAAUAAUCAUCCACGAACUCACAAAAAAUAACAUAAUCAUCGCAGCAAUACUCAUAACAAUAACAGCUCUACUAAACUUAUACUUUUACAUACGACUAACAUACGCAACAGCACUAACCAUAUUUCCCUCAACAAAUAACAUAAAAAUAAAAUGACAAUUCGAAAACACAAAAAGUACAGCCCUAUUACCCCCACUAAUUAUAAUCUCAACUAUACUGCUCCCUCUCACCCCAAUAAUAUCAACGCUAUUCU